UUCGUCUUUCAAUACUCUACAAACAUACAACUUAAAAUUACCGGUGACCACGUUGCGAAAAUCCGAUCUACGUCUCUUCAAUCUUCCUGCGCCACAGAAUCUCUGUAAACCUUCGACCAACAAUCUCCGGCAAAGAUGAACGACGGAGAAGUUUCGAGGCAGAUCCAGCAGAUGGUGAGAUUCAUUCGCCAAGAGGCUGAGGAGAAGGCAAACGAGAUCUCCGUCUCCGCUGAGGAAGAAUUCAACAUCGAGAAACUGCAGCUAGUUGAGGCGGAGAAGAAGAAGAUCAGGCAAGAUUAUGAGAAGAAGGAGAAGCAGGCUGAUGUACGCAAGAAGAUCGAUUACUCGAUGCAGCUAAACGCGUCAAGGAUCAAAGUUCUUCAAGCACAGGAUGAUAUUGUCAAUGCCAUGAAAGACCAAGCAGCAAAGGAUCUUCUCAACGUCAGUGGCGAUGAGUAUGCCUACAAACAGCUUCUCAAUGAUCUCAUUGUUCAGUGUCUGCUUCGGUUGAAAGAACCUUCUGUGUUGUUGCGUUGUCGUGAAGAGGACUUGGGUUUAGUUGAAUAUAUUCUUGAUGAUGCAAAGGAGGAGUAUGCUGGUAAAGCUAAUGUUCAUGCUCCAGAGGUUGCCGUUGACACAACCAUAUUCCUCCCCCCUCCUCCUACUUCUAGUGAUCCUCAUGGUCUCCACUGCUCUGGAGGUGUUGUGUUAGCUUCUCGUGAUGGGAAAAUAGUGUGCGAGAACACACUUGAUGCGCGUCUUGAUGUGGCAUUCCGUAUGAAACUUCCAGUGAUCCGUAGGUCGUUGUUCGGCCAAGUUGCUGCGUAAUGAAUGAAAAGAGAGAGUGAUGUGAUUCAGACUGGUUUGUCUUUGGUUUUCCCACUUGGGAAUGAUUUCUCUUUCUUGUGAUUCUUUUAUAUUCUGCAAAAAUUUUACUUCGAUGCUGAAAACCCAUCAACUCUUUGUUUUCGUAUGUAUUUUUUUUACAUCCUUCCGGAGUUUUAUCGUUGGCUAUAAAAAUAAAUAAAGAAGUGAGACUUCUUUUGUUUC